ACUAACCAAUGGAUAUUUAUGUUACAGUCACUAGAAAAUUUUAAGACAGAUAAAACAGGAUGGCAUUAUUCGGCAAGGCAUCACCCGCAGUGGUGGAAAUUCUGAACAAGUUACAGAGGGCUGAAAUACCAACAAAUUUUGAUCACAACCUAUAUGAGUAUGGGUCUGUUCGCUACAACAUCCAGGCAUCAGAAUCAAGUCCUCAAAUUGUUAACCUGUCGAUAUGGAUGCCACCAAUAUAUCUUGAAACUGCUUCAGAUUGUCUACCAAAUUGUACCAUUCAAGACAUCAGAAAUUUAUAUCUUGGUGCUGCAGAACUAGUAGAGCCUCCAAAGCAAGGUUUCAUGAUUACUCUGAGAAUAAAUUUCUCACAAUUCCCAAAAAGAAAAGAAGCUCGUAUGAUGACUAUCACUGAGAUUUCCUCGAUACAAUCAGUCAUACUGAGUUUGCAACUGAAAGAUAUGUUGUGUAGCCUCAAACUGAAGGACGUGGGCAGUGGGAUCUGCAGACCAGUUAAAAUUGUUUAUCAGCCCAGAGAGCCUUUCUUUGUCAUCAAAAUGCCAGAAAAGGUCACUGUGAUAUAUCCCAUGCGCUUCAAAGAUGAUUCAGAUGUUGUUCUAGCAACAUCAUUCUUUCAGGAGCUUGUAGAUGUUAGCAACUCAGCAGAAUUCUCCAAAGCGCCACGAUGUACCUGGUCGCCAAUCCCUCCUCCUGAGUUGAGACGAGAAUCUUUCCAAAAUCUAACAACAAAUGGAGGAUUCGUCUCCUUUGAAAUUUUCUCACAACAAAUCAAAGUCGGUGCAAAAGGAGAAAAUACUGUCAGAAACUUGCUGACUUUUAUUGCCUAUGUUAAGUAUCAUGUAAAGUGUACCAGAAGCUUUAUUCAAAGAAAGAUGAGGCAGCGUCAGGAAAGCCUAAGUGAAAUCAUAAGAAAUGCAAGGAUAGGAGGGCACGAGGACAACAAAAAAGACCAAGGUCUUAAACAUGCUAAGAAAUGGAAGAAUUUCUCAAAAUCAACCAUAUUCAAAGGGAGGUAUGGCAUGAUAACAAACCAAAUCAAGAAAUUCAAUUCUGGGGUCAGAAUAAAAUUGCUACUUCGCUUCCGACGGCAAUGGCUCAAGAUCCCACUAUUGAGGAAACAUAGAAAAUCAGACUCAUCAUCAUCUAUCUCUCAUGUUCACUAA